ACCUAAAAGACGAAAUAAAAGUUAGACAAUUUAACUUUGAUAUACAUUAACUACUAAUUUUAAGCUUAGAAGCAAGUGGUCUUACACAGAGCUGCUAAUUACGAAUUUUCUUAAGUACGGCUAAGGUACGGCUAAGGUGCGGCUGUUAGGUACGGCUAGCUUUACUUAACCCGGAGAAGUUGUGUGGAGCGAAACAAUGUGUAAUCGAGGAAGAGAAGAUGAUGAGAUGAGAAAGUUUCUUCUUUUACUUUCCCAUUUAAACUUAAGGAGCUGAUAUUAAUAUCAAAGCCAGUCUGACAAAAGAAUGACAACUAUUGUUAAAGGACAGUAUCAGUCAUUCAUGUCUAUAUCUAUUUAUGUUAUAAAUGGACACAGCUUUCAACAAUGCUGAUAAUGAUGAUGUGGGUAAUCCAAGAAGUGCCAGUGAUAGCUACACAUCAGUUCCUUAUGGGUUUCAAUCCUUGGGAUCAUACUCACAUGCAUCAAAGAAUUGUGAAAUUAAAGCUAUAACCUGUAACACAAAAAGCAAUGAGAACAUCAUUCUUGACUCCCGUGGUGUUACGAGUUGGGCGAAGAAUAUAGCUGUGAAUGCCACAAAACGCCUGUUUGAUUUUGAUGCAUACAAGUUCAAUGUUAUUCGUGAUAUUAUUUAUUGCAAUUCAUACAAUGUUUAUUUUGCUCUAUCAAAAGAAUGCAAGUUAAAAGCAUUUAACAUGACUUUUCAAGAGCUAUAUUCUCAAGAAUCUGAUGGUUCCCAUGUGUCCUGUUUGCUUUUUAACUUUAAAAAAAAGGAAUUGAUAAGUGUUGGUCGAAGUAAACUGCGUUUUUGGUCAUUUAUGAUGGGUAAUGAUGACAAGAUAUCACAAGGCUUCAUAUUAAAUCGAGAAUAUGAUGUACUUGGUUCAUCCUUGGUUAGUAAUGCAGUCUUUGACGAAGAACUGCAGCGACUUUACCUCAUUUGUGAUUAUGAUAUUUGUUGCUACAAUGUAUAUGGUCAGUUAUUGUUCUCUCUAAAAACUUCAGGAUCAGCUUAUCUUUCAGUUUGCGCAUUUUCUAAGAAAGCUAAUCUCAUGGUAACUGGCUCUAUGAAUGGAGAAAUUAAGGUAUAUAAUCCUAAUGGUGGCCUUGUUAUCACAUUUUGUAGUCAUUCGAAUUUAAUAACUGCCUUGUUAAUUCAUCCUGCAGAUGGUAAUAUGUUUAUUUCGUCUUCAAUGGAUGGCACUGUUAAACUAUUCUCACUAAAUAUGCUUGAAGAACUCUAUAGUAUGAACAUAUUUUCAGACGGAAUUUACUGGAUGGGCCUUAAAAGAAAUAAUAUUUUAUAUUGUGCAUCUAAAAAAAGUGUCCAGCUUUUUGAUUUGAAUUACUCUUUUACAUUUUGGAGUACAUUGCGAAGUCCUGUUAAGAAACUUUUUAUAUCUCUUUAUGAGAAUAGCAAAAGCUCGCAUGUUGUUGCUUGCGGAACAGAUAACAGUAUAAGGAUGUACAGACAGAGGAAUGGCCAAAAAAGAAGCACAAUUUUACCUCCACCUGAGCUUUCUGUGUCAGGUGAAGUAUUGUCUAUUGCAUAUGACAGACUUGGGUGUAUUAUUUACUUGUUGUUUAGCCAUACAGAACUUUGGAUUUAUAGUUUAAGAACAGAUCCAGCUACACGAGUUGCUGUUUGGAAUGUACAAACUAUAGUUAGGGCCAGAUCAAGCACUGUUAAAAAUGACAGGUGUCAAGAAAUAACAGAACAGGAAGAUGUGUUUGUUAAAAGAUCGUUUGGCUUGAAUCAAAUUGAUGAAAAUGUUAAGUGUUAUUGCCUUGCAACUAAACCAAAACAAUUUCAUGAGAAAAACACUUUGGAUAUGCAAAUAUUUAGUCAUCUUCUUUGUGGGUUAUCAAAUGGUGCUGUGUAUUUUCUUGACCCAACAAUCGCAGGAUAUGUGUACACAACUUUUAAGGCUCAUCCUACAAGUCCAGUUACAAGAAUUGACAUCAUUAAAGACUCUUUAGUAACACAGUUAUCUACGUUAAUUGAAACAUUAGAUGGUUUGUUGAUCAGAAUAUGGGAUGCCAGCAACCUUCUCCUCCUCCAUGAGUUUUCUUUGUGUGAAAACUACAAUGUUUAUUGUUGCCAGAUGUCUUUGUUUGCAGUGGGUUGUAAUAACGGAAUGCUUGAUAUAAAGAGAUACAACCAGUUAGGAUGCAAUAAAACUUUGCAAAUUAAAGAUUAUCAGUCGUACCAUGAAGAAAAUGCUACAAAGGAUCAUGCUGAUUGUAUUUUGAGUGUUGACAUACUUAAAAGCAAAGAAAUUGUUUGCACUUGUGGGAAGGACAACUUUGUCCGGAUAUGGAAUUGCGAAAAAGUGCUUCUAAGUGAAGUUAAAUUCGACCAAUCCUUAUGCUACUCCAUAUUUUUAGACACUUUGGGCACUGUUUUAAUGAGUUUUAAAUCACAACUUUUUGUCAUACCUUGUCAUGUCUUAAAUAUUCCUAAGAUAUACCUUAGCUCGGAAUCAUCUGACAGUUGUGACAAUGAAUCUUUCAUCUAUGAGGAUCCAUAUGUUAAGAAGGAAUUUCGAAGACCACCUAUUGCAAAAGAUACUACCCUAGAAAGCUAUCUUGUACCCUAUCCACAUCUGAACUUAGAAUCGUUAUGGAUGUUUCAGAACCUUCUUGAGGAGGAGGAAAAUGAGAAGACUACAACUGAUAUGUCUGAGGAGGAGUCUGAAAUUAGUAGCAUAUAUGCUGCUACUGAAAUUUACGACGACUCUUUAUAUUCUGGAGCAUCUCGAACUAACUCAGUUGUAAUUGACUUUCCACAUUAUGAAGGAUCAAUGUCACCAAUGACAAGUGAAGAUGAAUUAUCGUUAGCAGAAGAUAGUCAACUGGAAGGUGUUGAGAUGGAGAAAAAGCCGAUAUUAGAACAGGAUUCUUUAACUUUUAAUAUUGCAGAUAGAAUAAGAAAUUUACAAAAAGCAUCAAAGUUGGCUGUUCAAAUUGAACCUAGAUAUGAUAAAACAAAGUCGCCAAAGCUGAAAAAACAACCCAAACCUGAAAGAUCUCCACAAAAUAGAUUUGGUGAUACACCAUGGCAGAAAAUAAAAAUUAAGAAAAAGACAAAAAAGAAAAAACAGACGAAAAAUCUCAUGACUGGCACAAAGAUUCAUGGUCCAAAAAUUCAUAUUUUUGGAGAUGGGUGUACAGCAGGUGCAAAGGAGAAUGAAAAUAACUUACAGGAACCAGAAGAAUCGUCCUUGACACAAGAGGAGAAUCACUCAAAUGCUGUUUCAAAAUUUUCUUCAAUGUCAUCUAUAUCCCCAAUUUUCAUGCCAUCAACUAGGGAGCAAAAGUCUGAAAAAAGUGAGGAUGAUAAGCUUGCUGGUCAAGGACAUCAGCAAGAAAAUUUAGAAUCAACAAUUUCGACCGUGUUAGCAAAUCUUGAAGCUGCUAAUGCUGCAGCAUUAAGUAAAAAUACAUCAAUACUGGAACCAGCAAAACAAUUAGUACCUGCGAAGCUUGCAGUUAAUUCUUCAAUGUUAAAUUCAAAUACUGAGAAUACAUUAGCAAAGGGCGUACCUGUAAAACUUGCAGUUGAUUCUUCAAUGUUAAAUUUAAGUACUGGGAAUACAUUAGCACAGGGAAUCCAUGCAGGCAAUGGAAGCCAGCAGGAUAAGGAAAAAACUAUUUCAGCCAUUCAAAUGGCAUUUCUCAAUGAAAUAAAUUCUAAUAAUUCUUUAUCUGUUUCAAGAGCUUCCAAUCAAGAAGGAUCAGUGUCUCAUUCCUAUAAAAUUGUCAUGGAUUCCUUAGUUAAAAGCAACAGCGGCACAAUAAAUGAUGAUUAUUUUUCUGAGUCCACGGAUAAUGGCAACUUCAUGAAGUUUGAAACCAUUAAUGUUAAAAGAUCUUCUAAAUAUUCCACCAGGAAAGUGUUACACAAUCAUAGAGAAGAUCGGGAAGUAUGUAGAAAAACGAAAACAUACAGCUCAAAGAAGUCAACUAUGAAAACUAACAAUUUAAUGUAUCAAACUAGUUAUUCUACUCGUGAUAAUCCAUUAAUAGGAACAGAUAGCGAAAAGAAGCAAUUGAAAUAUACAAACACAUCUUCCUCUCCUGCAAGUGUUUCACCACAAUAUCAAAUCAAUUCGACAGAUAUCAAGCUAAAACGAAAUACCUUUACCAGCACGGACAAGUUGUCACAAUAUUUUAACUCACUGGAAAAGGAAGCUGACCUAUUUCAAAAUGAAGAUCACUCUAUUUCUCCCAAUGGACGUGAUGAAGAUGUGUCAAUCAACCAUGAAAACGCCCACGCAGAACACUACAGUACUAUUGAUAUUGAUAGAAUACGUCAUCUCAAGGAAAGGAGGCUUUCUAUCAAUAAUACUAGCCAACCAUCCACCGCAGUUCCUUCAACUGAUAAAUUAAAGAAACGUCUUCUUAAGCUAAGUUUGCCCGGUGUCAGUUCAGUAAAGUCAGGUAGUGAUUUGGAGACAAAUAAAGUAAUUAAAAGCGCAGAAUUGAUCGACAAGAAAAACCUUUCAGAUCAUCAUAAUGCAGAAAUGACAAAAGAACAUGAUAAGUUGGAAAAUGAAAAACUGCGGAAUUUUAGAAAUACUGCUAAAGCAUUAUUUCUUUUAAAGUUGAAAAUCAAAAAUAGAAAUAAAAAUGAAAAGAGAGGGGACAACCGACGCGUUUCAUCUGGUAGUGGAACCUCAGAUGUGAUAAAUAUGGUCAGCAAAAUAAAUAACGCAGUUCAUAAAAAUAAAACUGAAGUUAUUCAAUCACCCUCUUCUGAUGACGCAGAUGAUACUUUUGAUAACAGGAAAUCUCACAAUGACGUCAUUGUGCACACACCAGCGGGGCUGCAGUACUUCCCUGGCAAAAGAUACAGUUAUAAACAAUCACCAGUAAUUGAUGAAAACAUGCAGCAUUUUAAUGAUUGGAACGUGAGAGCCAAUACAUAUCCUACUAAUGAAAAAAUAUCGUUUAGUAUUGCUAAGUCUGAUGCGCACAUUGGCGAAAGAGAGAGACUCACAAAAUUUGUUACUGGACACCAUUUCAGAAAGGAAAAAACCCCGUAUCGUAAAUGCAGGUCAGAUAGGUCAAGCUUAGUUGAAGUACCAUCUGCUGAAACUGAUGAUGUAAAUCAAAACAACUUUGUUGAUAUAAGAAAUUCAACUAAAGAAAUGAAGAGUGAUGCUGGUAUCUCUAUAGCACCAAGAGAUUCUUCACCAAGCAAGUCUUCGUUCUCAAGCAGUUAUCAACCUGUAACCCAUGUUAAAUUUCAUACUGUUGCUGAAAAUCAGUCUAACAUUGUGCAUAACGGAGAUAAGUUAAAUAGCACACUUUUCCAGAAAUUAAGAGAAAGGCAGAAGUUUCAAGAAAAGUUGCGGAAAAGACAAACUGAUGCUAGAAGGAAUCAAAGCUGCUCGUCUGCGAGAGAUACAUCACCACUGUUGAUCAGAAACAAAUAUAACUCGGAUCCAGUGAAAGUAUCACGUGAGAGAUUAAGUGUAAGCAUAUCUCCUUUGCAUAAUGCUGGCCAGCGUAAUGCAAGUCCAGAACUUGAUAUCUAUAGUUUUAUUCCUCAAAAGCCUAUCGCUGCAGCAAAUCGAGCAUCAAAUAUCGCAAAACGUCAAGUAAGAAUACGUAACCUUGAGGAAAAGCUAUCAGGACAAUUGCAUCGAUUUCAUUUGGUGAAAACUAAUGAAGAAAACGAAAGCAAUCGUGUUGUACUGGCGUUUCUUCGAGCAAAAGAACAGGGGAUUGACUUGCUUCCAGUCGAGAAAUCCAGCGUCUCUAUACCCAACAGACCUGAGUAUCGAUUGAUUAAACAGAUUAAAAAAGAGAUACCAAGGAAAUUGCAUCUUGGGAAAGCAUAUCCAGUUACAAAUAGUACAUGAUAAAACGAUUGGAAUCUACAACAAGAAUUACAGAAUUUAUGUUGCAUGUUUAAAAGCUGGUAAUUUGUUAGAAUGCUGUGGAUUUAAAUUGAAUGCGUGAGUGCUCUGAGUUUAUUCAAGUAUAAUGUGCAAUAUCUCAGUAUGUUUUAACGUUUUUUUGAGCUGCUACAAGAGUUUUUGUUGUCUGGAUGAAAAGUAAUUCUAAAAACGUUUUUGAGUUUAAUUAAGUUUAUUUUGAUGAAGUUUGUCAUGGAAUGGUUUAGAAUAUUUUUUAUUUGUAAAUAAGGAAAAUUUUUAAAUGGUUAUUUAUGGUUUUUUAAGUCGAGAAGUUAUAGUAAUGUAUUUUAUGUGCUUUUUUAAAAUUAAUUUUUAGAAUGUUAUUACAGAUUGUUAAUAUAUUAAUAUUUUGAUAAGUUUUUAACUUUUUUAACGUUUGAUUGCCAUGGAUAACAUUUAGCCAACACACAUUGCCUUCUCGAAGGUACUAUUUUUUUAUUAGAAAAGAGUCUUUAGAAAGAUUGUCUUCUUUUUUAAAAGGAGUGCUCAUUUUUGUUGGGGUUUUGUUCAACUGAGGUAAUAAUUAGGUUUUAGAAUAUAAAUUAAAUUUGAAUAACUUAUGUUUCAGAUUACUCCUAAUGUUGUUGUGUAUUCUAUGAUGUAUCUGAACGAAAAUACUGACUCUCCUGCUA